UUCCACUUACUUCUGUGCUAAUAGAUGAAAUAUUCCAUAUCUACGUGGAAUACACUUGCGUUUCAGUGCACAGUUCAGAAUCAAGUGUCUUACACUUCGGUUUGCCCAAGGGGCUCUUGUGGCUGUCAAACUCAAUACAUUUUCCAUCUACAACUCAUUGAUUCUGGUACCAGCGUUUCUGGUGCCCACUUUUUGGUUGGUUUGCCCUAAAACAAGUGUAAUAGAGUAAACAUCCCAUUUUGUCGGUAGACUUAUUCUCGAAUAAAUGUCGUUUGAGAUGAAAAAAACAAGAACUCAUGAUUUGUUUUCAGUACAACGUGCACUUUCAAUGAAUAAAUAAGUUUUGUAAGCAUUUGAAACGAAAUAUUGACGCCGUGAUGAAUCUAUGGUUGGUAGGCAAAAUGUUGACGUUUAUAGGCCCCUGGGUUUGCCAUAUCAUGCAUACCAAAAUCAAUCAUUUUACACUCAUUUUAAUGCUUUCACACGUCAAAUGCCAAAACACGUUAAAAUAGCGUGGAGUUAAAUAAAAAUCGAUAUGGGUCGACAUAAUAGAAUGAUUAGGUUCGUUUAUUGACAUUCAUAUGAAAAGUGCAUUAAGGAUUAGCGUGCGAUUUAUUUUCAGUGUAGUUAUUCUUUGAACAGCUAAAAAUGGUUCCCAAAAUUAAGUUUGCCAGACUAUAGUAACGCAGUGGCUAUAUGACACAGUCAAAUAGCCGCUAAUUCCGAUCAAAAACAAAACCGGCGCGAGAAAUAAUUUUCAUCUUCGGAAAACAAAACAAUAAUUUGUAUACAGCAUUAUCGGUUCUUAUUUUCGACGUUAUCAACGUUUUCUUUGUAUUGCAAAUUCGAGUGAGCAGAAAAACGGCACUGUGGCAGUAAGGUCAAACAGAAAUUUCCUUUGCAGCAGAACCUGUCGAGUAUGCUGUUGACCUGCACCGCUGGAAGCUUGGCAAGAGUUCUAAUUCAAAACCUGCUGCUGUCCUCAACCAUCGGAAUUACUACCGCCACCGGUAUUGCCACCAUGUCUACUGAAGCGUCAAACUGUGCAGCUGGGUUGCAUUCGAUCGCCUACGUUACCACUCCUAACGAAAAGUCGGCAAAGGAACUGGCCCGCAAGAUAGUCGAGCAGAAGCUGGCCGCCUGUGUGAACAUCAUCCCCGGUUUAACAUCGGUUUACGAGUGGGAAGGUAAGAUCAACGAGGAUCACGAGACUUUACUAAUGGUCAAAACCCGCACCAGCCGAGUGGACGAUCUGAGCAAAUUUGUUCGAGAGAAUCAUCCCUACAGUGUGGCGGAGGUGAUUUCGGUGCCAAUAGAAAAUGGGAACCCGCCCUAUCUGGAGUGGCUGAGUAAGACGGUUCCGGAGAGGAAGACAAAUUAAAAUGGAAGUUAUUUAGGAAAUAGAUUUGGUUGUUCGAAUUUCUGCAA